AUGCAGUCUCAAGAAUAUUAUAAAAAUAGAUCGACAGUAAAGGUUGGUGAGAUCGAAAGGUAUAUAAUUAAAUAUAAUUUAUUUGAGGGAACUACAAUACCCCAAAAUUUGAAGUUGGGUAGCUUACAUGUCAAGGUGAAAAAUUUAGAAAAUUUAUCCAAAAGAGCGGCAUAUUUGAUCGGACCUUAUUCAUUAUACUGUGACAUUAGAACAAGCCAAUACCACCAUAAUCAGCAUUCAUUUAUAACAGCAGACCAGCCCAAGUAUGAACUAGACCUACAACCGCAAAGAUCCUUUAACUUUGAGUUACAGAUGCAUAAAAUAAGAAAUGAAUAUGUAUGGAUUUUGGAUGUAGUAAGUCAAAUAAUCUUUACUACAAAUGCAUCCAUUACUUUUGAUGUUCUUAUAUGGGGUGACGACAAUUUAGAUAGAGACAGACUAACCAUUGAUAGACUAAAUACUUUAGAUUUAUGGAAUUUGCCUAGAAAAUUGGAUAAGAAUUUAGAAAAGGAACAUUUAGUGAUUUUAGCCCAUGGCUUACAUUCAAACUUAACCGCUGAUAUGUUUUAUUUAAAAGAACAGAUAGAGCAAUCAAGUCCCAAGAUCAUAGUGCAAGGAUAUGCUGGGAACGUUUGUAAGACUGAAAAGGGAGUUAAAUAUUUGGGUACAAAUUUAGCUGAAUAUAUAGUCCAUGAACUGUAUACCGAAAAUAUAAGGAAAAUCUCAUUUGUGGGACACUCCUUAGGUGGAUUGAUCCAAACAUUUGCUAUAGCCUACAUCGGUUUAAAGUAUCCAACUUUUUUCAGCAAGGUAGAACCUAUUAAUUUUAUUACAUUGUCAUCUCCACUUUUAGGCGUUGUAACUGACAAUCCAGCCUUUGUUCAAUUUUUUUUAAGUGUAGGGAUUGUUGGGAAAACGGGACAAGAUUUGGGAUUAAAAGAUAACGAAGCAACCGGUAAACCAUUGUUGACGCUGCUACCAUGUAAACAUACAAGGAGAUUAUUGAAAAAAUUCAAAAAUAGAACUGUAUAUGCCAAUUCUAUAAAUGAUGGGAUCGUUCCUUUAUAUACAUCGGCGUUGAUGUAUUUGGAUUAUGAUGAUAUUUUACAAAAUUUGAAUAAUUUAGGUAAAUUCCCCUACAAAAAAAAUAGUGAUCGUACAAAGCAAAGGCAGGAAUUGGAUAGCUCGAAUCAGUAUUUUAUAACCAAGUCUGUGGUUAAACCAAUAUCUAAAGCUAUAAACUUGUUGGCACCACAAUGGCAACAGCCAAAUCCACAGAUGAGUGGUAGCAAUGCAACCGAAAUUAUUGACUCUGAUAGUGCAAGUAUAAUAGAUAACCAAUACUCUAAAAAAUUGCCUAAAUCUACAAUGUUAGAAUCUGCAGCAAAUGUUUUAUUGCAACCAGUUCCAUCGCCUAAAUAUAUAUAUGAACCAAAAUCUAGAGAAAAUGUUAUUAUCCAUGAUAAAGUCUAUGCAUAUGAAGAUAUAAAAAAAUAUGCAACAAAAGCAGAUGCGAAAAAAAUAUAUUCUUUCUACGAUAUUUUCCAACCCAAUUUAACAUUUCGUAAAACUGAAGAAGAAAUUGCAAAAAAAUGGCACAAGGGAUUAACGUGGAGAAAAGUUGUAGUUGCUUUGAAAUCAGAUGCACAUAAUAAUAUCUUUGUUAGGAGACGAUUUCCAAAUGGGUAUGGCUGGCCAGUCAUAGAUCAUUUAGUAGAAGAACAUUUUUUGCAUGAUGAAUAUAUUCCUGAAACAAAUUUACCUCAUGAUAUUGAUAUUAAGGAAUGCGAGGAAAGUAUUGAAGGGGAUGAGGAUGCUGAUGAUUUACAAUGGCUUACCAGUCCAACCAAAGAUAGUUUGUUUGAUGUAGGCCCAACAGGCAUGAUUAGUACUGUGGGUGAGUUUGUGGAGGCUUUUACAAGAAAAAUGACAAAUGGCAAUGAUUCUCUUCUUGCCGAAGAUAAGAAUAAAACAAAAUUUUCUAUAAUCUCAAGAAACGGUACUAUGACUGUCGAUAAAAACAAAAAUACUUUAUCUAACAUUUUAAUUGACGGCAAUCCGCAAGAGGACAUGUUUAACUAUUUAAAAGAGGAUAGUGAUUUAGAUUUAUCAACUGUUUAG